AUGCAGCCAGCCUUCUCCGAGUCUCUCAUAGAGGUUACCAAUAGUCCCGCCUUCUCGAAGCCGAAGCUAAGAUUUGCCACAGCAAGGGAGCGUAGAAACUACCUGCUGGACGGGGAGAAAGGAGAAGGACUACAUUACGAUUUAUGGAGAUAUCGACCAGGCCAGAAAUACCACGAGCUCUGGAAGCUCUUGGCUCAGAUAUCGUUUGGUGUAUACCUGCUGCUUAAUGGGAUCGCGAAUAGUAACGAACAGGUGAUUAACAUCCUUCAAGGCCACAUCGACGAGGUAGACGAAUUUCUCGAGACGAUUUUGGAAGACGUCAGCCUUGCGAUACACGAUAUUCAAGAGCGCAUCGACCAUUUAAAGUUGCCAGUGCAGAACAUCAGGACGUUCGAGCAGAUGUUAGAGGACCGUAGUUUUCGUUUACAGGUAGUUACUGGAAACGAGAAGAUCGAACAUAUAAUCUCUCGGACGACCACAUCCCUCGAAGCGAUGGUUGAGGAUAUUGGCGAGGGAUUAGGCGCCACAAAGGAGUUUGCAGCAUAUCUUGGCGACCAGCAGGAUGGAAUAUGGCAACAGCUGCGCCCAGACGUCGGGGAAAUCUUCGACGCCAUGAGAGGGAAUGCCCAGGGCUGGUAUAAGGCCUUUCUUGAAUUACAGCGUACUACGUCAAAUUUGCGCGGGCUGCUCAACAGGCUCGAUCAGAUAGUGGCGGAAAUGAAUUAUCGCGCGGGUGAGGUGAGCCGGAGAACAAGGGCAAGUAUCGUCCCGUUUUCUAGUCCGACAAGCCAGCCCCUACCGAAGAGCGGCUCGCGAAACUCGUCGAUGCGAUCGUCUGAUAGAUGGCUACCGAAAUACGAGCUUUCAAAGACCACAUCUCAAAGAUCCAUAGCAGGUUCGACCGAAACCAGGGAGACGCUCAUGAUUGUCCAGUACAAUGCUCCGAUAGAACCAAUGUCACCCGUGGAGUUAGAGGCGGAUACCGUCCCAAGAAUGGCCAUAACUAUCGAAGAGGGUCUAGAACCUGCCGACGAGGAGGAGGAGGAAAAGGAGAAGAAGGAGGAGCCGCCGGCAGAUGAAGGCCUCUACAUCCUGCAGCCACGGACGUAUACUCCACAGCCACCCGCACCGAUCCCUUCACCAAGAAUACAUAAUUCCUCAUACGAAGAUAUUCCAAUCCAAGACCUUCAAGACCUUCAAAUCGACGACCCUUUAAUCGAAAACCACCCGAUCGAAGAGCCUCCAAUACAUGAUACCCCAGCCGCCAUGCCGGAGGAACAGCCGAAGAGAACAUCGCUGCGACAGAGGCUGUCUCUAAAAGGAAGCAACUUGCCCGAAGCUAUACAGGUACCUUCUCGCAACGCGCCUGAGUUCCAAAGACCUGUAUUUUUGGAUACCCAGUACCAGUCCCCCGGAUAUCUACCUUCGCGUGCCUAUCAAGGCCCGGAUUCUGCCUACGGCUCCGAUAACGAGACUCGACAGCCAAUUCGUUCCGUGACGGAAUAUGGGGAUAUGAUGCCACCACCAAUUUUCUCGGGCACCGCAUUGCCAUCUCCUCGUUCAGAGAGGCAGCAUUACUUCCCAGUGCGAGCAAGUCCCCACUCGCCUCUGCAGCAGAGGCCAUGGACAGCAGGCACGCACAUCCAUGAAGGUCACCUGCGAAAUCAACCUUCGGCCAUGGGAAUGAGCAUGCUGAGCCACGUAACAACACCCCAACCGGAAACUCAGAAGGCGGUAAAGAAGAAGCGUAGUGCGUUUGGAUGGCUCAAGAAAGCCUUCUCACUCGAUGAUGAAGAACGUGCUGAAUUUGAGGCAAGAAAAGCACAGCAAACUCCUAAUCCAUACUAUGAAAGUCGAAGUCCCAAGUAUCUAGAUGGCAAGCGUGUCCCAGACUAUAGGCGUCGUUGA